CGCAGCCUGUGAGCUUUUUUCUUAUUCAUCCAUCAGCAGCAUCGUCGAGACUGACCCACACUUUUCUCCUCUCUUUCGGAUCAUGUGGAUUAUAGUGGCGUUUGUUCUGGCAGCGGCCGGUCCUGAUGGGAGCUGGGGAUGUCAGCUGCCCCAUGACUGGAGACCUCAGACAGAAGCGUGCCGCGCCGAACUAGCGGAGAUCAUAGUCUUUGCAAAAGUUUUGGCACUGCACGAGGAGUCCUAUAGUAUGUACAGGUACAACGAUCUGCCGCGAGAGCACGAGAGUAACAUGUUCUUCUCAGCCGAGAUUGAGCUGCUGUGUGACCAGGCAUGGGGAAGCAUGCUGGAGGUCCCAGCCGGCUCCAGGUUCAAUGUGACUGGGCUGGGAUACUUCCACUGCUUCUCCUACAGUGUCACCAAAAACAACAACUACUACUUCUUUCUAAGGAUGGAUGAAAACUACAACAUAGUCCCUCAUGGAGUGAACUUCCAGGAUCCCAUCUUCCCCGACACAGCAGAGAUGCACCGCAUGUUUUCAAGCCUUUUCCAGUUUUCUAACUGUACACCUGGGACUCAAGUCCAUAGCUACAUGCCAGAGUAUGAGGCUCAAGAGGACAGUCGGCUGUUGUGCUCUGCAGUGCAGAAGGCUCUGUUUGAGGAGGAGGAGAGGGUCAGGACGCUCUCACAGCAGGUGCGCUCCUUGGAGAAAGCAAAUGAUCAUCUGAGGGAGAGGGUGAAGACCAUGAAGCGUCUGCUACGCCAGGCCCAACGAGAAGCAACUAAGGAGCAAAACACCAUCGGCCUGAAACAGCUUUACGAGUCAAAGACGCCUCAAACUCACCACGAUCAAGACACGACUCAGGACAGGAAGAAGCCGCCACUUAAAAAAGCUCUCUCCAGGAAUCUAAAAAACUAGUUUUUAUCUUUAGUUGUAUGUAAACCACUUUUCUUCUGCAGGCGACGCAUCAAAAAUUAAAAGGGAGGACAGACAGCAGCAAUAAUUGAAAAUCAGAACUAUCAGUGCGAAAAUUCUUUCUUAGCUCAGCUUUGAACAAAGAGAACAGACCCCAAAAGAUCAAAACAUUAGCAUGAAAAGGGCUCAAUUAAACAGGAGAGGCCCCCUACAACCAUACAGCAAUGUCACACAGUAAUAUCCUCAUGUUUCUCUGCAGGGCAUGUGAUGUCAGUAAAAGCUUUGCACGACAGCAGAAUGAACGGGUACACCAGGGGUUAGAGUGAAAGAUUGUACACUAAUUGAUGGCAGAUGGUGUCUUUCUCUUUGAAGGUGAAAAAAAGUAAAAUUAUCCAGAUGUAUUCAAAUUCUCUGCAGGCAUUCCUGAGACAUUGUGUCACAAGAAUGUGACUGCUAGAAGGGUGUUUUUCUGGGACAUUUAUUGAGAUUGACCAUUGAUAUAUUAGAAAUAAUUAUCAUCACCUUGUCACUUAUUCUGUAACAUGAUUUUUUAACAAAACAGUCUGAUAUCUUAAUUUGUGUUUAAAUUCUCUAGUCAUGGCUUGUAGUGGUCACACUGACCUUAUUGUCAUCAUUGGGUUGAAGUUUUGUAUCUAGUGUUUGUGAGAUAUGAGCUGCAAACUAAUGGAUCCACAGACAAUCUGGCAAAUACUGUUUUAGGACAUUUUUUGUGUUGGAAUAUAUAGGCUUAAAAAUGUCACCUUAAUAAUAAAAUCAGCAGAUUUUGUUGGUUAAAAACUUUUCUGUAGUAAAGAUUACUGGUAAAACUGACCUGUGCCAUUGAAACAGCGUAUUACAAAGACACCAUUCAUACCUAUUUACUCACUUUGCUUUAUACCUCUGAGAUCUGUGUGAGUGUGUAUCCUGAGAGAAGGGCUUUCACCUGACCCAUUUGGCAUCCCUUAAUGAACUUUGAACAAGGGAUUAACUGCCUUCAGUAUAGGGGAUUUAAACAUUUCCCAGGAGAAAGAGACCCUCGUCUAAAGGUCUUUAACUCUUAAUCAAUAAAUCAUUUCUCUGAAUAACUGUUAGUUGCUUGUCUCAUCCUCCAACUUUUUUCUUUAUCUUGGUGGCAGCACAGACAUUUAACAAAAAUGAAAGAAAGCUCAUAGCUGGCGAUGAACUGUUGGACAAUAUGUGCACAAUAUUAAAGCACUAAAAUGGAUUAUUGUGUUGUUUUCUGUGCUGGACACACUAUGCAUUGUAUAAAUAAAAGAAGGUUUGUCUUACUUCAGAAAUGCUCUGUUUAGGGUCCACAUUAGGACAAGGGAACAUGCAAGUGUCUCUUCUUUUGCCAUAAAUAAGGUUUAUUGUUAAAAACGAGCAGCUAUUAGUUCAAAUGAGAGUAAUAAGGUAGUGAGUUUACAGGUGGUGAGUACUGAAAUUUUUUGUGUGGAUACACAAACUUUGUAUGAGUGUAUAGUUGCAGAAGAGCAGCUGUGCCAAAGUUAAAGAGCUGCAAGGCCGUAUGUCAUGUCAUAUUAUGUUUUUCUACCUUUACCUGCUCUCUAUUUACACUCACAAAACAUUUAUUCCUUAAUGAGCAUGUUUUUCUCCCUAACAAGAGUCUGUCCAUACAAAAUGUACUGAUAAAUGUGAUAUUUGUGACCAAAAAAAGGUGCUGAGCACCCAGGAUUGGCUUCAUUUAUAAAAUGAAAAAUUAAAGCUGACUUUUCUUAUCUUGUUUUGUAUUUUAUUUUUAUCAUCUGGUUGCUUUUCGAAAAGCAUAAUCAAUCAUAUAA